AUGGCGGACCCGGCGCAGCUCGGCCCGCGUUCCGCGCCUGGUUCCGACUCGCUGAUGGCCUUCGCAGGUCAGCUGUCGUCGCUCUCCGCGCAAACGCAAGAUGCGCUCGCCGGCGGUGGCGCGGGCGGGAUCAGCGGGAUGUUUGCGGGCGCGGACGGGAUGGGGGGUUCAGGGGGAGCAGGUGGCGAAGGGGGAGGGGGAGAAGGGGGUAAUGGGGGCGGAGGGGGAGGUGGGGGCGGAGGGCGGGAGGGCGGCGGAGCAGCCCCGCAGAAGGGGUCCCUGGCGAAGGCGUCAGGAAGCUUCGAUUUCUCGAUGCAGGAGGAGCUGCUACACUCGUUUCAAUACGAAACGCCCCCCUCCUCCGUGCUCCCCCGCUGGACCCCCUCCGAUCAGCCCGUGUGCUCCUCCCCCCUCUUCUCCUCCUCCCCCACCUCCCUCUCCCCUGUGCUCACCCCGUACUCCUCCCCCCACUUCACGCCCCCGCGCGCGCUCUCCCCCAUCCCUUCUCCGAAGUCCCCGUACCUCUCUCCCCUCCCGGGUUCCCCCACCGGAGCAAACGCCAAUCUAUCCAUUUUCUCCUCCCAUGCGGCCACCCUCGCUGCUCUCUCGAACCUCCAUUGCCAAGCGAUCACCUCCCACUCCCCCUCCUUCGCCUCCCCCCCCGCCUCCUCCCAAGACUUCCCCCUCUCCCCCACCGCCUUCCCCUCCCCCCCCGCGUCCGCGCAUGACUUCCCCAUAUCCCGCCCAACCCUCCCCCGGAGCGUCACAGAGCCCACGUCUAGCCCCUCUCCUCCGCUCAUGCACUCCGCGCCUCCGCCCCCGUCGCUAGCAGAAGCAAUAGCGAUGCUGCAAAUGGCGUCUCUCUCCCCCAACCGCACUUCACCGAGCAGCACCCGCGCUGCUUCCCCGCGCCCCUCCGGGGGGCUCGUUUCCCCCCCGCCCUCGGGCUUCAUCUCCCCCCCGCACUCAGGAUUCGCCACCCCGAAUCACCCCGGAUUGGCGCAGCAACUGUAUAACCCACAGGCGCAGGGAGGGGGGGGCUUGGGGAAGGACGAGACCAUGGCUCACAAGCUUGGAACCGCUCUCAACACCUUAUUCACGCGGAAUCUCACUGCGGGCGGAGGGCAGAGUAUGGAGGGUAUGGGUUAUGAUGCAUUGGCGCAGGCGUUUUUGAGUGAUGAUCUGACGCAGCAGUGGCAGCAGCAGCAGCGGCAGCAGCAACAGCAGCAACAGCUACAGCAGCAGGGGGAGCAGCAGCGGCAGCAGCAAGGGGAGGAGGUUAGUAUACAGGAGUUGAUAGCGCAGGCUCAGCAGCAGCUAAAGCAGGAGCAGAGAUCAGAGCAGGCGGGGGGCGGGAAUCAACUAGGAGAGGAAGGGGAGGAGGGAUUGGGAGCUCAGGAAGCAGAAGAGCAGAGGCAUGAGUUACAGCCAUGGCAGUCACUCAUCCCUGAUGACUGGGGUCUGAUGCAGGAGCAGCUGGAGGAACUAGCAGUGAAGCAGCAGGAGCAGGGGGAGGGGGAAGAGAACGGGCAGGAGGGGGGCGUGGAGCUCCCAUGGAGCACCCUAGACUCGUUCACUCUAGAUGACAUGCAACUCGUUGCAGAUCUCGAUUUCAACUCGCAACACCUAAAUCUGCAGAGCGAUCAGCGACCCUCACACCCGCAGAGCACGCAGCAUGACCCGCAUGACUCCACAGCCCCGCAUCAGGACCCCACCGAGAGGUCUUUCCAGAAGGAGAGCCUUGAGGGCUCGCUGCUAGCACAGGAGAUUCUGCUAGCGCAUGCGCAGCUGAUUAGUCAAGCGCGGAAUAAUAAUCAAUCGCAUAGUGAUGUUUUUGUGGUUGGUGGUGCGUCGCCGGGAAGAGACAAUGCAGUGUUUCCGAAGAGAGCAGGAGAUGUGUCGUCGAGCCCUGUGAUUGGCUCACCGGUCCGCGUCAGCAGCUCGACGGUCCACAUCAGCAAGAGCCGGUCCGCGUCAGCAGCUGUGGUGCUGGUUCCUGACGAGGCCCCGAAUAAUAUCUUUGCGGGCGCAACACAGAGAAUAGUUUCUGGCCAGGCCGCGGUCUUUCCGACAAGCAGAACCGCCCCUGAGUCCGCCCCGAGUGCAAAUCGAACCUCCCCUGGUCAUACCCCCCAGCAGGGCUCCUCCCAACACCUAGUUCUCUCACCAGACCAGCAGCUCGAGGUGGGCCUGGAUUUAUUUGCUGCCGUCUCAGCGGUCUCUGCUUCCGCUUCUGACGCUGCUGCUGCUGCUGCUGCUGCAGCAGAUGGGUUUGCGGAGUAUGGAUUCGGAGCUAGGUCUGCUGGAAAGCGAGAUACUGCUGCUGCAGCGGCGGUGGCAGCGGCAGUGGCAGCAGUGGAUAAUUCUGAUGCUGCACUGGGUAAUACCGGUGUUGCGGGUUCUGCUGGUGCUGGUGACACUGGUUUCACGUGGGCUACACUGCCUUUAGGGUCGGAUGAGGCACAGCAUAUGGUGAUUUGCGAGGAUAGUUCUGGAGCUAUACAAGUGGCCAUGCGCCCACGCUCCCCUAGCGAGAUGUAA